AUGUCGACGCCGCGCUUGACCUUUCUCUACCCGCGCUUCAUUCGCCCCUUUCUCAUCUCCGAGGCAGGCGCAACCUACCCCUCAUCCUCCUCCCAAGCACCUCGCGCCGGGGUGAAACGCAGAUCGGCGAGACAGGGGCAGCCAGCAUGUCGGAAGGCGACAGAUGGAGGAGCAGGAGCGAGGGCCUUCGGCACCAGUGCGCACACUCGCCUGCCGCCCGGCCCGAUGCAGAGGUACGGCACUGCAAACGAGCCAUUGCCAUCACCACCUCCGGGAGCUUCCUCUGACGGUGCUAGUGGGGAUAAAGCGAAGGGCGUGGACAAGGCGGCGGGUGACAAGGACGGAAAGGCUGCUGCUGCUGCUGCUGCGGAUGGGAAGCAGGAUGCCGGAGCUGUCGCCGGCGGCGCGUCGAAGAAGAGUGCGUCUCCUCCGUCGCCGCCGCCGUCGCAAGAGCAGGACAAGCCGCAACAUCAGGGCGCCGCCCAGGAUGUCAAUGCCCCGCCCAAGGCCGCCUCCCCCACCAUCUUCGAAACGACUUCCCAAGGCGAGGCGCCCAACGGCCCUCCCAAGCCGUCACGAUCCGCUGCCAACAAUGGCAACGAGGUCGAGUCCAACCCGCUUGAGGCGGUCCUGCGCAUGCCGCCGCCGACGUCGCGCCCGGUCCACCUGACGACGCCGCGCUACGUGCACUUCUUCGAUACAUGGUCGCUGGUCAAGCAGCUGACGGGCUCGGGGUUCAGUGAAGCGCAGAGCGUAUCGCUGAUGAAGGCGAUCCGGGCGCAGCUCAACGAUAACGUAGAGCUCGCGCACGCGGGGCUUGUUGGCAAGUCGGACGUGGAGAAUGAGACGUAUCUCUUCCGCGCUGCGUGCUCAGAGCUACGGACUGAGGUGGGCAACAACAGGAAGGCGGAGAACGAGAGGAUGAGCACCCAACGGAACCAAUUGCAACACGAGGUUGACAUAUUGGGGCAGAGGCUGGGGCAGGACACUAGUCAUCUGAAAGAAGAAGUCAAGGGCAUGUUUGACGACAGAAAGAUGGCUGUGAGGAUGGAGCAGAAGACCAUGGAGAGCAAGAUCCAAGAGCUGAAUUACAAGAUCACGGUGGCUCUCAACUCCGAUGCACGCUCUGAGGUUGAAGGUCUCCGUUGGAUCAUCACUCGCCGCGCUGUCACCGCUCUGGUCGUGGUUGCCGUCGCAAUUCUUGCAACGCUGCGCUUCUCGUCUUACAUGACCCACACACAGGCUAUGGAGAGGAUGAAUUUAACAAAGCCCGCUGCGUCGGAAAAGAAGAAGGAAGAGGCACAGGAUAACAAGGCGACUACGAGCAGUGGAGGCUCUUCCAAGGCGCACGGAAGCGAUGCAGCCAUGGGGGCCUGGGCGGAGAGCCCAGCGGUCAAGGCUUUCGGGGUAGAGGGAGCUGGGGAUGGUGUGAUGAUCAGCGAGGGAGGCGUGAGCCUAGGCUAA